UGAGAAGCUUGAAAGGUUUUGCAGGCUCUGUAGGAGUUCGCCCUAGGAAGCGCCUUAUCCAAUGGCUUGCCCGGCCUGGCUCUGCCGGGUGGGGUGGGACUGGCUGGGCGAUAAUGGGGAAAAAGAACAUCCGAAUUCUCCUUCGGUGGUGAGCUGGAGGUCUGUGAGUAGCCUGAGGUGGGGAAUCAGGGUUCGAGGCCAUCCUUCAUCAAGUACUGCAGCUCAGUUGGGUCCCCACCCUCCAGGGCCUCAGUUUCCCUCCGGUGUGCGUGCCGAGGCGACUUUGCAGAUCCCGAGGCCUGGUGGGUACUGGGCGGGGAGAGGCCGGGGCGGUAACACGAGCCUCUCGGGCGGGGUCUCCCGACUCCCGCGGCCACGUUCGCGGCCCUGGCGGAGGCGCGGAAUCCGGAGCAGGGGGUCGAUCGCAUCACACCAGACCGAGCCAGGCUCGAGUUCUGGAGGCUUCCUGGGAACCAUGUGUCUGUGCUGUGUGGUUAGAUGAGAGGCCACUCUGCCCGCUCUGCAGGCUCUUCUGAUAAGUGUGUCACCAACAAGGCCCUACCUAGAAUGUGUGAGACCAUGUGCUGCUUCUCCUUCUUGAUAUGAUCCUUGCCGGUUCAGCUGCCCUAUAGGAGCCUUGGAGCGCCACAAUUUGGUGGAUUUUUGAUAUCCAGUGGGUUUGUGUGUGUGUGUGUGUGUGUGUGUGAGAGAGAGACCCUUACAUGACCUUUGAGAUGACCAGCAAAGAAGACUAGUCGAUCUCCAUCACAGAUGAAGUCUGAGAGCUUCUGGGACACAGUUAAUGGGAGCCACACGACGGGGCUGCAGGUCUUCUGAGCCUGGGUCCUUUCCUCCAGGUGCUACAGCCUCUCUGGCUCAGCUUUCCUGUGGGAGCCAUGAAGCUGAACAAGAGGAGUGUGGCCCACUACGCUCUGAGUGAUUCUCCAGCGGACCACACUGGCUUCCUUCGUACGUGGGGAGGACCGGGGACCCCACCUACUCCCAGUGGCGCUGGCCGAAGGUACUGGUUUGUUCUCAAGGGCAACCUGCUGUUCUCUUUCGAGAGUAAAGAAAGCCGGGCCCCUCUGAGCCUGGUGGUACUGGAGGGCUGCACGGUGGAGCUGGCCGAGGCUCCUGUGCCUGAGGAGUUUGCCUUCGCCAUUCGCUUUGAUGCCCCUGGAGUGCGUCCGCACCUGCUGGCAGCAGAUGGGCAAGUGGCCCAGGAGGCCUGGGUGAAGGCACUGUCCCGAGCCAGCUUUGGCUACAUGCGACUUGUGGUACGAGAACUGGAGAGCCAGCUGCAGGAUGCCCGUCAGAGCCUGGCCUUGCAUCGCUGUGUGUCCCAGAAGUCUGUCCCUGGCUGCAGUAAGCCUCAGGCUCCUGACCGACGGGCUCCAGGACCUGAGAAUGGCCACCUUUUCCCCAGGGACCGAAACUCCAGUGGUUCUGUGGAAGAAAGGGGGAGCAGGCCAAUAGGUCGGGAUUUGACUGAGUGGGGGCUGCAGGGCCCUGCCAGCCUCCUCCUAAGCAGGGGCCAGAGCCCCGUGUCCCCUGAGACCUCCUGUUUCUCUACCUUGCAUGACUGGUAUGGGAAAGAGAUCAUGGAGCUGAGGCGGGGAUGGCAGCAAAGGGCCAAGGGGAGCCAGCCAGAGAGCAAGCAAUAGAAUAGGCCCUGAGCCGGGGCCCUUUGAGCUGUGGUCCUGCCCUGCUGGUUGGGAUGCCUGGCUCAGUACUUCAGGGGUUAAAUGUUUACUCAUUUCCCAGAUCGGUUGGUCGGUGUGAGCGCGUGUGCAUGAGUGCACACGUGCGUGUGUGUGUGUGUGUGUGUGUGUGUGCGCGCGUGCUUGCUGUGUGUGUGUGUGUGUGUGUGUGUGUGUGUGUGUGUGUGUGUGUGUGUGUCCCUCCUGCUCUGUAGACGUUCUCUAACUUCCAGUCCUCCCAUCUGCCUGGAGUGAACUGAGGAAUCAUGACUUCCAACUUAUUUUCUAAGGCCUAGAAAGGCCAGGUGGCUGAUGGGAACAGAACGUAACGCAGGAAGAGGGCUGUGCUCCUCCACCCUUUCAGGGCAGUCUCCGGCCACAGUUUCUAGCAAUCAAGUCUUGGACAUCUAAAUGCCAGAGGUGACAGGGGAAGUGCCUUGAGCACUGACCCGGCCAUGGUUUGGGCAGGGCUCUCUGCAGGAGAGGGUCUUCAGGUGCUAGGGGGGAUUUCUUCUCUUCCCCGCCACCUUGUCAAUGCGUGGUGCUGGACAUUGCCCUGGGAAAGGCAGACAGCCUUUAUAGGAGCAACCCUUCCUGAUCUGUACUCCAUGGUCACUCCUGGGGACCCUGUCACCUACCGCUUGUUUCCCAGGGCUUGUCUGUCAAGAAUCCUUAUGGCUUCUUUCUCCUGCAUCAUGCCAAGUCUCAUUUCCUGUUAUUCUAAGAGGCUGGGUCACCAGAGCCAGGAGUCAGACUCGUCUGUCCCCUUUAUAUAGGUGCAGGGUCGGUGACUGGGACAAUGCUGGGCUUGCUUGACAGAGCCAUACCCCCUUCCCAAACACAAUCUGCCUCUUCCUGACAUCCCUUCUUGGCCUGUCUGGGGCCUUGGGGCAGCCUGACCAAAGUCCAUCCAGGCCUAAAGGGCAAACUUUGGCCUCCAAGAAGCUGAGUUUCCUGGUCUCCUUCCUUGGCUAGGGCCAGUUCCUGUGAUGCCAGCCUGUUCUUCAGGCCUGCUUGUAGCAUCGUAGCCAGCAGCCCUCGAUAGUACACACGGGUCCUGCGCCCUUGCUAGCUCUUGCUACGGAAGUUAGUGUGCAUUUUUAAUUUGGUUUUGGAGACGAGGCCUCACUUUGUAGCCCACACAGACCUGGAACUCAUUCUUAGUUUUUGCAAGUGCUGGGAUUGCAGAUGUGAUCCAUUACGCCACACUUGUUUUUGUUGUUUUAUAGCAGGACCUGGUGGGAAGGUCUGCCAGCUCAGUCCCUUGCACGUGCACAUCUGGCUUCCGUUUUGUUUUGCUCUUCCUUAUAACGAGGACAGUAAAGUUUGCAGGGUGUGGUAGCAAGGAGGUAGAGGAGGGCCAGGAAUCCAAGGGCUUCCUUGACUACACAGUGCGUUUUUGACUAGACUGGGCUACACGCGAGAGCCUCUCAGGAAAUUUAUUCAUUUUGGUUAUUAUAAUCGGUGUUUACAAAUGAAGAGUCAGGGGUUACAGCUGAGAAGCCGGUGUCCGAGGCUAGCAGCUGGGUGAGUCCGGGAACCACAACCCCCACCAGGCCAGUUCCACUCCUUGGGGCCCCCUGCACCUGUUUUUCGAACGUUCACCGACACUAUGGGCUCUUGUUAACUUCCUGUUGUUACAGGGUUUUUUUUUUAUAAAUUUAAAUAUCAAAUAAAGCUUUUCAUUAUA